GCUGUGGGAAGGGGCAGGAGGAGCAGGCAUGGCAGCACAGGAGGAUUCGCAGUGGUUGUGUGGAGUGAACAGUGACAGGAUCAGAGAAUGAAGGUGUGCAUGGGGGGAUGCUUGCUUUGAGUGGUAUGCUUUGAGUGUGUUAUAAGCUCUCUUCUUUUGGCCCGGCAUCUUGCUGGGCCUGAAUUGGAAAUGGAAUCUUGUGGAAUGUCGCUGCUUCGACGGCUGGAUUUGAGUCGAAUUAUGACCAUACGUCACUGGUAAAGCCAAGAAGGCUCUAAGUCUAACCAGACGCGGGGAGACUCGUAGUCCGAGAGGAGGGUGACUUCAGGCGGCCGCAGUUGCGUUUAGGCAGCGUUUUGUGGCGCCGACACUUAGAGUCGCGAUGCGCGGUAGGGACGGACGGACAGUCGGACGGACGGACGAAACUGUUUCCACGAUGGAAUCCUAUCGGCACGCGUGCAGAACUUCCCCGCACACGCGACGCGCAGGUGUCGGUGUGCCUUGUUGCCCUUACUACCUGGAUUCCAGCCACGUGUCGGAGACGCAGCAAGGAGCACCGAAUUCGACUAAUCGCGGUCCGACUCGCAGUCCGAAUCGCAGUCCGAUUAGCAGUCCGAGGAUGGCUAUCGAAUUACGGGAAAUUCCUAUUACCGGGGUGGGCUGGGGGUCCUGACUCGGAGUCUCGCAUUGUCUCGCGUUGUCUGUGACCAGGAGUACACUCCACGCGUCCUUGUGAACCCUACUGCCUGCCGCUACCCCCCCUCCGCUUCUACUUCCCCUCAGUCUUUCCAUCUGGUAUUUAACGCGGCAUUCCCGCCGACUUCAACCUCACUGGAUACCACUCAACCCUUCUCGCCCUUGUCAACUCAUCCUUACAUCCUUCGAUCCUGAACAGCAGACUGAGACAUUCGUUUCCACCUUUCCGAGGUGACUUCUGAGUCGACUCCAAAGUCUUCUCAACUCAUCCUCCCACCUUCCUGAUCUCCAACAGCAGUUGUCAGUUUAGACAUUCGUUUCCACGUCAACUCGAACCUCAGCGAUUUUCUUAGACCAUCCUAUUUUUGAAUUCUCUGAGGCAAAUUCCAUCAAGCCAUCGUGCUGCGCCUCAUUCCCACCUGCGGCCAUUGCGGGAGCCAGCUACCAUGCCGCCCAUGACGAUCCUACCUCCGCCGCGUCCGCUCCUCCUCCGCCUGCUCGCGCUGCUGCUGCUCUCUCAUCUUUCUCUCCCCGCGCGUGCGCAGGAGUGUUCCGCCUCCGUUCCUUGUGCCGACAACCUCUGCUGCAGCAAGUGGGGCUGGUGCGGCUCCACUGACGAGUACUGCGGCGCUGAAUGCCAAUCCGGACCCUGCACUGGUUCCGGUUCUGGUUCCGACGUGGAGUGCGGAGCAGGGAACGGCGGCAGCGUGUGCCCCGACGGUCUCUGCUGCAGCGAGUGGGGCUGGUGCGGCUCCACCGACUCCCACUGCGGCUCCGGCUGCCAGUCCCAAUGCUCCGGGACCCCUUCCCCUUCCCCUGAUCCCCCUCCCUCCGGAUCCCCUUCCCCUCCUCCCCCGACGUCGGACCCUCCACCAACUGGCACCCCGCCCCCGUCUGGUCUGAACCGCAUGGCGUACUUUGUCAACUGGGCGGGCAUGGACCCAUCUGCCGUGCCUGCUGCCUCGCUCACACAUGUCUUCUACGCCUUUGCUAGCGUCGACGCCACCACAUACGAGGUGGUCCCAUCCGACCGUGCUGUGGACGUCGACCAGGGCCUCUACCUGAGCUUUAACUCCGCCCUUAAGACCGCCAACCCGUCACUUAAAACCCUCCUCUCCAUCGGUGGCUACUCUGCCGGCACCAAUGUCUUUGUCAACGCCGCCUCCUCCGAAUCCUCCCGCUCCGCUUUCAUCCAAUCCGCAAUCUCCCUCGCCCGCACUUACAACUUCGACGGCUUAGAUCUUGACUGGGAGUACCCCACGGGCCAGGCUUCCCUCUUCUCCGCCCUGCUCACCGAUUUCCGGGCAGCAAUCGAAUCCGAAGCUGGUUCGUCAGGGAAACAGAAGCUCCUUCUUUCCGCAGCGGUAUCCUGCUACGAGCCGACCAUCAACGACGCCUACGAGGUUCCGACGCUUGACAAAACCCUGGACUUUGUUAAUGUGAUGACGUACGAUAUCCACGGGUCGUGGGAGCUGAAGACAGGCAUGCAGACUGCUCUGGAGGAUCCAAGCAACCCGCAGCUCAGCCUCAAGGGCGCCAUGGCUGCCUGGAUCACCCGAGGUUUGUCCCCAAGCAAGGCCAUGCUAGGCUUGGCGAUGUAUGGCCGAACCUGGACUCUUGCCUCGACGAGUGAUACUGGGGUUGGAGCUGCUGCCACUGGUGCUGGUCAGGCUGGGCCCAUCAGUCAGGAACCUGGCAUCCUCUUUUACGAGGAAAUUGAGCCGCUGGUAACCACUGGAGGUUACACGGCUACACUUGAUACCCCGUCGUCAUCCAUGUAUGCGGUGAACGGUGACCAGUGGGUUGGUUACGACGACCCUUCCACCAUCACCACCAAGGUUAACUAUGCCAAGGCGGAAGGCUUUGGAGGGUGGUUCUUCUGGGCUUUGAGCCAAGAUGCCAACGAUGCCUUGGUCAAUGCUGCAGCGGCUGCAUGAGAUGAUACUUCAAGACGAGUGUCCAAGAGCUGAAAGUGGUAUGGGAGAAUAGUGUCAAACAUAUAUUAUUUUUGUAUAGACUGUACAGGUUUGUGCCUUAUAGGUUAUACUCCUUUUACUCUCCAUUCAAAAAUUCCGAACGCCCGCGGGGCUCGCGCGUCGCAGUGCCGAACCAGGUUCCCUCGUUUUUCCCGCUUCUGCUCGGUUCGAACCAGCCUCAUAUGGUUCGUGUCUGCUCCGACGUUGGCUGGCAGCACCCGCGUUAGCCCAAUUGGAUGAAACGCCGCCGAAGCACGUCAGGUCAGGGCGUAUCGCUCAGGUUGGUUUGGUGGGGCCUCUCCCGCUACGUUCGCUUUCAACACACUGUAACGUUUUGUACCGCGGCAUAUUCCCUGUCAAGGCCGCAUGUUCGUCGUCUGUAAUCUCAGAGUGGGAGAUAGGUGCAUCUACUUACUUGCAUGCCGGCUGACGGCGAGAAGCACGCGUCCGCUGUUGCUUCAGAGAGCAUGAUUCAUUCAUCAGGUUCAGUGGACUGUUCGAGCGUGAGUUUCCGAGCAUUUACG